AUGAAAUCAAUGUUAUUGUGGUGCAUACACGACUUUCCCUCAUAUGCUCAUGUUUCUGUUUUGAGAACUUCUGGAAGAUUUGGUUGUCCUGUGUGUAGAGAAAAUACAGAGGCGUUCAGGCUAAAAUGGGGUUCUAAGUAUGCUUAUAUGGGUCAUAGAAGGUUUCUAAGAGAUAGGUUUCACCCUUAUAGACUGAAAACAUCUGAGUUCAACGGAUUUGAGGAGACAAGGGGUGCACCAAGACGUUUGAGUGGUGCCGAAUUAUUCGACAAGACAGCAACCGCAGAUAAAGAGUUUGGGAAGCUGGUCAAGCGGCCGGUCGUACAAAAGAAUCUUACGGAGAAUUUGUUUGGAACUUUUAUGAGCCAUAAGGAUAAGAACAAGGAUGGGAAACUGGCGCGUAAAGAUUUAAAACUGCUAAACUUAAAUCCUUGCUUGUGGUUGACGGAAGAGAAUGGAAAAGUAGAGAUGCCUCAUGCACCUUAUUCUUUGUCUAAGGAAGAAAGGGAAGUCAUAUGUAAAUCUCUUAGCACACUUAAAGUUCCAAUUGGUUACAGUGCGAAUUGGAAACGGAAAGUAUGCUUGAAAGACUUCCAAUUGAAGGGUUUGAAGUCUCACGAUUAUCAUAUUCUGAUGCAGGGGUUAAUGCCUAUUUUUAUGAUGCAUUGUUUCAAAGAACAUAAGCCUUUGCGUGAGGCAGUUCGACACUUAUCGUUGUUUUUCAAAGUACUAACUUCCAAGGUUAUUGAUCGUGCUGAGCUUCGUAUAAUGCACAAACGUGUGGUGGAGUCACUAUGUGUGUUUGAAAUGUAUUUCCCGCCUGCUUUUUUUGUUAGUAUGACUCAUGUUGUCGUACACUUGGCAGAAGAGGCACAUCAAUUGGGGCCUGUUCAGUUUAGGUGGAUGUACCCUUACGAGAGGAUGAUGAGGUACUACAAAGUACUUGGUCGCAACAAAAAUUAUGUAGAAGGCUCUAUUACAAAACAGUAUGAGAUUAAUGAAGGAGCGCGCCAUUGCGUCGAGAUACUUCCUGAAAAGAGGCGAAAGUCUCUUAAGUGUCGUGGAAAGAUAUCAAUGCCCAGUGAUGUUUAUGAAGGUCCAUACCCACCUAAUUCACAAGGAAAGCCACAUUCAUUGACCAACGUAGAGCAUGAACAAGUUCGUUUGUGGAUAUUGAGACAUUCAGAUGAAAAUACUGAAUGGGAAGAGAAGUACGAGAUAUAUGUUCGUAAUUUGAACAAAACUCGUACGGGAAGGAUAAAACCUACAGACUACAUUGAAUGGCUACAGAAACAACUUGAAGGCACUCCUAUGACAGAUUUUCGUAGGCUGGCAAUUGGUGCUACCUUCGCUACAAUUUCGUAUAACUCAUAUUUUGUUAAUGGCUAUCUUUUUUACACAGCCGAUGCCGAAAAAAAUUUAACUACACAAAAUAGUGGAGUCACCAUGGAUGCUUGCACCAGCUUCAGAGAAAGUUCCAGAGAUACUAACUUGGUCGAUGACGAUACUACGUACUACGGUAUUCUACAACACAUACUUGAACUGGAUUAUGGAGUUUUCUCAGAAAUUGUUUUUUACUGUGAUUGGGUGCGAGUCGAAGACAAAGUACAUGUAUCCUAUGUGGAUCCGGAUACAAAGUUAAGGUUUGUCAACUUCAAAAAGUUUAUGAGAAGCUCAAAAGAAGUCGACGAGCCAUUCAUCCAUGCUUCUCAAGCUAGACAAGUUUUUUACUGCAAAGAUGUGACAAGGGAGCACUGGAAUUUGGUUUUGGAAUCUCCAAUAAGAUCAGACCCCAAUAAGAAUGCUUUGGAAGAUCCAUUUGUCUUCACUGCAAAUGCAAAUGAAGCUCCAUCAAUUUUUACAGUUGUUGGAGAAGAUGAGUUUGGAAUGAAGAAGCUCAGGGGGUGA